AUCUAGAUUUGCGCAGUAUAAAAGCUCCAUGGCUCCCAUUUCUUCGGCACAGUAGAGCUCGAUACAUCCUCGGAGGUUCUCCUUGGGCUUCUCCAGUCGUCAUCAUGAAGCAGACAUUUGCAGCCAUCUUUCUCCUGGGCCUCGUCGCCUUUGCCGCAAAUGCAUAUAUGCUUCCCGAGGAAGAGUCAAGCCUUGACAGCGUUGCGCAAGAAGCUGUUUGUCUUGGUGAGAUCCUUCGGGACGUGGCCCAGACGCUGGAUGAGGACGAAGAACUUAGCGCUGCGAGCGAGGAAUACUUUUUCCGUGCACUCUGGAGCAAAGCAAAGGAAGCUGUGAAGAAUGCCACUGAGAAGAUGAAGGAGUCCGUAAAAGGGGCAUACAAAGAGGCCAAGGAGAAUCUGCAGAAAGCCGCUAAGGAAGCCCAGGAGAAGCUCAAGGAAAAGGCAGCUGAGAUCAUGUCCAAGUUGUUGAGCAAAGUUACGAGUGGCUACGCUCUGCAAGAAGCCGAUUGGAAGAGCGUAAACUUUAUCAAGCUCUUUGUCGAUGCCAUCAAGGCAGCAGCCCAGCGAUUUCUGAACAUCGGCAAGGCUCUGGAACAUCUCCAGAACUGAUGACAAUAAA